UAUCAGUAUUGAAAAUGAAAUCAACCAAUGGCAUGUUAAUUUAAUGUUCUUCCGGAUAUCAAACACUCAAUGAAUAUUUCAGUUUAGCAUAAAAACAUUUCUGAGUUUCGAUGUUGGCAAUAAAAAUGUUUCAGUAAAUGACUUUGACACUUUACAUUCCAUUAAAUGGGAUUUCGUUUCGAAGAUAUUUUAAGGAAAUUUCUUACAAAUUACUUGUAAAGUUUUGGCAGUGUAUCAUCAAACAGGAGGAUACACUAGAACUGUUCGUUGUUCAGUAAAUAGCAUAGCAGCUUCGUUUGCAUUUUGGCAGUGGACAUACAGCAUGUUGAUUUAUACAAGGUUGCUGCUUUGUUCAGAAAAGUGAGUUUACAGUGUGCAUAUUAAGGCAUGGAAUUAUUCUAGGAGUUUCGUAUAGAUUAUAUUUAUGCGAAGUUAACUGCUAGUUUCCAAACAAACUUAAAACUUACGUUUUCUUUUGUUAUUUUCUUUUAAAGGACGGAAGCAUAUCGCGUUAAUGUAGCAUAAUUGCCGAGACAAGGACAUUUAUGAUUUAAUGAACAAGAAAAAUUAUUCAGCAUUACACUGAAAUUGUUCCCUACAAAUUUUAAUAGCGAAAUCAUAUCGCACUAUUUCAUGACAAAAGAGAACACUAAUGUUGUCUAAGAUACUAAUAAAAUAUGUAUAUACAGUGCAAUCCAGCUAUAUAGAUUCUAGUGUCUUUUAGCGAUCCUAAAUGCAUGUGUAUAUUGUAAAAGGAGAUUUAUUGGAGCAAAUUUGUUUUUUUCUCGGUUGAUUGCCGGUGUAAAUGGAACCUAAUUGAACAGACCUUUUAAUCAUAUAUUGACUUGGUAUAUCUUCUCUGUAAUUUGUGAACAAGUGAAGGUUUCUGAACCCUCUGAUGGAUUGCCAGUGUCAUUAACACUGUUUAUCACAAUGAUGUAACAAAUUUUGAAGGUCGUAAAAAUGUGAAAUCAUAUCAAUGAUUGGACACCGCUUCUCUACCGAUGAGAUAAAAGUUCUGAAGGUUGAUUACCAGAUUGGAGAAAGCCACGGAAAUAUCUCUGAUGUUAUAUGUUAUUUAAACAAUGAUACGUGUUAGGUAUUGCUUGAAAACAAAAUGAAAUUCGUUGUGGAAUUUGUAAAAGAUUUAAGUGAUACUAUACAAAUUAUGAUCUUUUUUUUUUAAAAAAAGAUGAGUUAAUAUGCAUACAAAAUAACUUUAUGGGAUACAUAUCUCGGCUAUUAACGUAAUAAUAAUGAUAUGGUUUGGAAAACAUCAUUUUAUUAUGUGGUUUUAAUAAAACACUGCAUUUAUUUAUUCCUAAUUUCAUACGGGUGUUAACAAAGAUACGAAUAAUAAAUACGAAUAAUAAAUGACGGUCAAAUAUCUGACAGUAUGACUUUGUAAUAAUGAUUCAAAGCAGUUAUUCCAAACAUGGAAAAUGGAGAUAUUGUGCCGAUAAUUGGCAGGACUCAUGCGGCGUGCUAUGAGAAUCCGCUAUUCGAAGAGGAUGGAACAGUGAUAAAUGAUACACAAACCAAACUACACAGACAGACGGACGGUCUUCGCACAAAGCCUUACGAUCUACCCAAUGCUGCUCAAACAUCGGUACAUUAUAGGCCGAGUAAACCUAAAAGAAGGAGAGGAUUAUAUAUUCUAGGAUUACUGGUCGCGGUUGUUGCAAUUGUUGCUAUUAUAACAAUAGUAAUAGUAGGUCAGAGAGAUGACUCGUCAACAGAACCGUCCAAACCGGGAGGUAAAGUUGGCUCUUCCAAAGAACCGUCCACGCCGAUCACUCGACCAAGUCUUCGGCCGCCGACAGGAAAGGUGGUCUUGUUCCGAACAAAAGUUAUUGAUGGAAGUCUGCGGAUUAUUCAGGGGCCUUUUUCUUCUUAUAAACAAGAAUAUAAUGACAAGUCGUCAACAUCUUACUCAUUAUUUUCAUCCUCAUUCACAUAUCAGAUAAAUAGCAUUUUAACCAAUAGCGACUUAGGUGCAUCAUUUUCUCAUAUUGAAAUUGUAGAUAUAAGCUCAGGAAGCGUGCUAGUAAAAUUCAUCCUUCAUUUUGAUAGAUAUGUAGAUAUAUAUGCUACAACAUCAAAAGACAUUGCUGGUUUGCUUAUAGACGGCCUGAGCGAUAGUCUGUUUGUGAUUGGCAAACAAUCAGUUGAUAUUCAACUAAAAGAUCCUGCUUUAUCUGUGAUAACUACCUCAGAACCUGGUGUGUGUGUUCCUGUGACGUCAGCAAACUGUAUGAAUUUCUCAAGUUGGCAGAUGACAACCUUUCCAAAUAUUCUUGGACAUAAAAGCCCAAUGGAGGUAGCAUCUUCCGAAGCGGCUCACCAGGAUUUGUUUCAAAUGUCUUGUGGAAAGGAUUUCUGGUGUGCUGUAUUUAGUCCAAAAUGCAAAAACAACAAGCCAUUGCCGCCAUGUCGAUCGUACUGUAAAGUUGUGUUUAGUUCUUGCGGAGCCAUGUAUCCUGAAAGCAACAUCAGUGCUCUACUCAACUGUGAUGAUUUGCCAGAAUCCGAUGACUCAAGCAUCUGUUUACCAGACCCUUUUAAACCUGGGAAAUGCUUUACUAACAAUGAGACAAGGUGUCAGAACUUAGGCUAUAACAAAGUUGCUUUUCCAAACUUCGCCGGGAUGAGGAGUCCAUACCAAGCUACUGACCUUAUCCAUCUAAUGGAGGCAAUUGGCGGGGCUACCAAAUGUUAUAAACAUACCAUGUUAUUCGCGUGCACGGCACUAAUGCCCAAGUGUUCGGGUACAGGUCAAGUUCCUUAUCAUGCCGUUCCUCCUUGCAGGAGUCUAUGCAAUGCAUUUAAGUCUCGUUGCUCGGUAUUUAUGGAUAUCUUCUGGAAUCCAUGGCCAAAAGAUUUAUUCUGUGACAGCUUUCCUGACGUAGACGAUUCAAGCGUCUGUCUUGGUUAUAAAACAGGUCAUGAACCACCCUCUAUUGAAGAAUGCCCCGCUGGUGAGGAUAGAUGUGACGGUACGAAGUGUAUUCCGUUGUCAUGGAGAUGUGAUGGUUUCCAAGACUGCCAGGAUGGUUCUGAUGAAAGUGCCAUCCAAACAACACUGCCGCUGAGGAAAUGUGUUGACUGUCCUGCGGGAAUGUUCAGAUGUUCAUUUGAGUCAGCGAUCUGUAUUGAAGCCAGUAGCCGAUGUGAUGGCAUUGAAGACUGUCCAACAGCAUCAGAUGAAAGAGGUUGUGUUCAACUGGACGGCGGUGGUAGACAAGGUAUUUUGACCAUGUACAGUUCUAAAACCAACGACUGGAUUCAAGUAUGCAGUGUUGGCUGGACAAAAGCAAAAUCUGACAAAGUCUGCUCACAAAUGGGAUUCAGAGACAGUUCCUCUCAACGGAAAGUAAAUUCAGUAUCAUCAGCGUACUUCACACUGACAUCAGCAAGAAAUGGAUCCGAUCCCGAGUACAUUGGCUCACAACUCAAACAAACGAGCAAAUGCGCAGGCGGAAUGGUUAUUUCGAUUUCUUGCGGAUUACCAGUAUGUGGUACAAGACCGGCUUACAUUCAUCCGUCUCUUCGUGUUGUUGGUGGUGACAUCGCUGACCCUAAUGCAUGGCCAUGGCAGGUAUCGAUAUUUGGUGGUGCUGACCACAAAUAUUUUUGCGGAGGGACCAUUAUUGCUGAGAACUGGAUUCUUACUGCUGGACAUUGCAUUGGAGGGCUCCAAAGCCCAGACGAUUUACUCAUAAGAGCCGGGCAGCCUCGAAGAGAUACUUAUUCGCCAUAUACACAAGAAUUUCAUCCGGCAGAACUGAUUGUAAACCAGGAGUACAAUUUUCAAACGGUCGAUAAUGAUAUUGCUUUAAUUCGUUUGAAAGAAAAAGUUCUUUUCAACGAUCACGUGAGACCAAUAUGUUUGCCUAAGACGACUAAGAGGCUUCCAGUUGGUACAAGAUGCACAGUGAUAGGCUGGGGUAGACAAGGAGACACAGCGCCUGACUACGAGCGACAAAUACGACAAGUAAAUUUGGAAGUCACGGACUGGGAUAAAUGUAAGCAUGCAAUUGAAAACGCCGAAAUUCAGGUUCCAUACCAGCUGACUGAUCAUAUGUUUUGUGCGGGAGGAGGGUUAGGCCACGAUUCAUGUGCGGGUGACUCUGGCGGACCUUUGCUUUGCCACUUGGAUAAAGCAAAAGACACGUGGUACGAAGCGGGAAUUGUGUCAUGGGGUGUGGCCUGUGCGUAUCCUAAUGUUCCAGGCGUGUACACAAAUCUUCCUGGGUAUAUGGAUUGGAUACGGAAUACAACAGGGCUGGAUUAUUUAUAACUAAGUGUAUAUCAUACUGUGCAUUGUCACACCCUACAAACAUCGUUUUCUUUUAAACGGGAUGCACGUGUAUAGACUGUGCAAAAGGUACACGUGUAUUACGUACCAUGUGGAGUUCUAUACAAAAUGUAUAUGGAUUUAACCACGCUCGAAUUCGUAUUUAUUCACGACUGCCCGAUUUUUUGGGAGAAAACACUUACUGUAUUUUUUGUUCAGAAGUGUGCAGUCUUGAAUUCGAGUGAGUGUUCAAUUGUAAUUAAGCUGCUGCUAUGCUUCAAAGUAACUAAACACUUCAAAACUCGUGUACAUCAGUGUCUGUAUCAAAUGGUCAUGUGGAAAUAGGUUCAAUAUCUUUAUAUUUAUGGCAGUGAAUAUUUGUGAACAUAAACGCAUAUGAGUUUAUAAAAGUGUCCAUUAUUAAUGUAAGAUAUUAAGCUAGACUGACAUUUAAGCGAAUAUACGUUUGAAAUGUAAACAGUCUGUAGUGUUCAUCGGUGUUGUGAAAAAGUGUUACAUUGAUAAUUCUUUUACAUUGCUUAAAUCUGACAUAGCAUUAUUGGGUAUGAAAAGACAAGUCUGUAUAUGUAUAUGUUUAUGUAUUUGUAUAUAUGGUACAAUGUACUAUUGACACAGAUAAUACUAAUUAUCCUGUUGUGUAUACAGCAUACAAUUAGACUAUUGUAUGGAUAAUGUAUAUUGCAUGACGCAGUACAAACUGUCAUUCUGUCUGAUGUAUCUGUGUAAUGAUACUUAAAUGGUUACUACUUUUAUCUAAUUUGGUAUGUGAAUUUUUUCUCCGUCAUAACGCGUUGUUUUGAUAGAUUUGAACGUAUGGUAUCAUCACUAUUUCCAUCGUAAGUUUAUACUAAUAAAUCUUAUAGCUUGAUUGUGAUGGAAGCUUGAAGCUUAUUUGAAUCACUCCGGAGUGCUUUUCCUGGAAGAACCCAGUACAAAUGCCAUAUGAAAAGGUAUGGUCGCGGCUCGCGGCCCCAGUGGGGCUCGAGCCAACAGCAUCGGACGUAACGCAUAUUUUAAGUAUAGGUUUAGUAGUAUUUGGAUUUAUUGGUGGUUAAAAUUAGUAUCAAAAGGUAUUUGCAUUUAUUGGUGAUUAAAAUUAAUAGCUGUUGUGUAUACAGCAUACAAUUAGACUAUUGUAUGGAUAAUGUAUACUGCAUGACGCAGUACAAACUGUCAUUCUGUCUGAUGUAUCUGUGUAAUGAUACUUAAAUGAUUACUACUUUCAUUUAAUUUGGUAUGUGAUUUUUUUUCUCCGUCAUAACGCGUUGUUUUGUUAGAUUUGAACGUAUGGUAUCAUCACUAUUUCCAUCGUAAGUUUAUACUAAUAAAUCUUAUAGCUUGAUUGUGAUGGAAGCUUGAAGCUUAUUUGAAUCACUCCGGAGUGCUUUUCCUGGAAGAACCCAGUACAAAUACCAUAUGGAAAGGUAUGGCCGCGGCUCGCGGUCCCAGUGGGGCUCGAACCAACAGCAUCGGACGUAACGCAUAUUUUAAGUAUAGGUUUAGUAGUAUUUGGAUUUAUUGGUGGUUAAAAUUAGUAUCAAAAGGUAUUUGCAUUUAUUGGUGAUUAAAAUUAGUAUCAUACGGCAUUUGCAUUUAUUGGUGGUUAAAAUUAGUAUCAUACGGCAUUUGCAUUUAUUGGUGAUUAAAAUAAGUAUCAUACGGUAUUUGCAGUUACUGGUGUUUAAAAUUAGUUUCAUACGGCAUUUGCAUUUAUUGGUGGUUAAAAUUAGUAUCAUACGGUAUUUGCAUUUAUUGGUGGUUAAAAUUUUUUGGUGGUUAAAAUUGGUAUCAUACGGUAUUUGCAUUUAUUGGUGGUUAAAAUUAGUAUCAUACGGCAUUUUUAUUUAUUGGUGGUUAAAAUUAGUAUCAUACGGUAUUUGCAUUUAUUGGUGGUUAAAAUUAGUAUCAUACGGUAUUUGCAUUUAUUGGUGGUUAAAAUUAGUAUCAUACGGCAUUUGCUUUUAUUGGUGAUUAAAAUUAGCAUCUUACGGUAUUUGCAUUAAGGUACAUGUUACAACGGUUAAAGCAGCAAUUCAGUAAAAGCAUUUUUGUAAGGUUGCUAUUGUUUUCUGUUAAAAAGUCGCCGUAAACAAAUAAAAAAGAACAGUUAGGUUUGACGGGUUCUCUGGCGUUAAAGUCGAUUGAAAAUAUAUUUCCUCACAUUAAAAGUGCAUGUGCAUUAGUUUGAUGACAUGCGGCCUGGUAUGUUCUAGAUUAAAACAAUAUUCAGGAAUAAAGUACCAACAUAUGUCACGGACGAUUAUUACGUCAGCAAAUACUCAAAUGUUAUACAGCUUAUUCUUCAAUAAACAUCUAAAACAUAAGAAUUACAGCCUUCACACAUUGUUCAGUAUAAACUUUACAAUAGGUUACAAUAUAAGUGUGCGAGCUACAGACCAGUCUUGCAUAAACAAGUAAGCUAUAUUUAUUGUUUGCUGAAAUUUUCAUAUGAAGUGUUGUAAAUCAUUUGAAGUCUAUCAUAAUUGUAUAUUUAAUACAAUGUAUAUACAAAUACUCAUACAAAUACGAGUACAUGUAUUUGUAUCUGAUGGCCAAAUAUGUAAAAAGUGCCAGCAAGAAUGAGAAUGGCUGUUAAGUCAGGCUUGUUAAAGGAAACACUGAUCUAACUGUGAUUAAAAUAAUAAUUUUGUUUUUAAGGUAAUGGACCUGUUAUGACAAUCGGCAGAUUCCCUGCGAUUACGUAUCUCUCGUAUGCGAAUUCGGCAUCCUUCGGCCAUAAUCGAAACAUUUUCAUAACAACCGGAGAAUGCCGAGAAAUCAUAUACGGGAAAUACGUAUAUAAACGGAAAUUGCCGAUUGUCAUUACUGGUACGCUACCUUAAAACACAAAAUUUGAACUAGACAUUUAAAAAGAUAUAGGAAUCUCAUUAAAAAGGUAAAAGGUAGUACUUUGAAAAUGAGUACAUAGUAAGUCGAAAUUCAGAUAUAAUUAAAUAGUUAUAGCAAAGUAUGGACACAUAGUAUGUAUUCUGUAAUGCAACAUCAUGUUGGAUAUUUAUCGACAAUAUAACAUGUUACAUAUAGUUAUUGUUAGCUAUUGUUUCAUUACAGUUAUAUAACAUAUAGUGUUCAUUUUAUUAGUUAUAAUAAUCAGAUGAUUUGUUAUUUACUAUUCAUUGUUUUAUUUUUAUCUUCCAUGUUAUCGUUGUCCAAAUACAAUUAAUAAACUCAAUAUACUUAACAGUU